AUGCUAGAAACGUCGUCGCCGUCGUCACGCUCGUCUUCGAAAGCUGCUCGCUCGAACUCGCUGGCGAGUACAGUCAGUAGCAGUGGGGCAAGUCUAGCUCGUCGCGCCCGGACUAGAACUCGAACAUGCAUUCGAGCGCCCACUGGACCAGCUCGUUCUGCCACCAACAGUCGAGCGAACACUUGGAGCCAAGACGAUCAGGUUUUGGACAUAUCUGCUGCUAACGCUCUGGGACCCACCUCACUGGUCUGCUUAGGCUCGAGUUCACCAGAGGCUGCUAAUUCAACGGGGACUACACGUUCUAACCCUGUAUCUGCAACCCACCAGAAACACAUGCAAAACGGUAUCGGAGAUACUGUGGGGAGGAGUAGAUCACUUUUUUCUCGCACGUCUACGGAAGAAGUUGCUCAGAGUUGUGCUACUGAGAAAGUCGACACGGAUGAACAGCGAGGGAGGCGGCUAAAAUUUGAGGAAUCCGCCGAGAUGCGAUCUUUGAAAGCAAAGCGACGUGUUUCGAGCCUUCCGCGUCUCUCGUUCCCACCAUCUGCUUUCGAGUCAGACCGUUCAGAGACGGGUCGCUCUCGUAACCACAUACGAGAUUCUCUGCUCACUCAACAAUCGUCAACAGCGUCUUCAGUUUAUCCAAUGAGUACAUCCACGGAUACAGAUUCACCGCCGUCCCCUCGCUCGCUUGGCGAAGAAGAAUUCGAAGAUGCUGUUUCGUCAUUUGAUCCUGAAGUCCCAGCACAACAUGACGUUGAUACCGACGACGUAUCUUAUCGCCUGCGUCUGCUCGUCAAGAACAGUUAUUUUCUACCUCCUGCCCAUUCCAAACCUUCCCCGUCAGAUUUCAUUGUUGCCUCACAUCCCAAAAAGGCAUCAACUCCGACGUUUCUGGAUCUAUUUCGUGGAAAGUCUAAAACCAAAACAAACCCUGACAUGUUCGACAAAUCACCCCUUGCCCUGAGGGUUACAUCUGAUGCUACUACUAUAUCGAGGCAUUCUCCUAGGGAGCAUAAUCGUUCGACUCAGCCGGUCUUGCGUACAAGUGAUAGUAGUCAGGAUAGAGUGGGUAGAGUAGUCGUCGUACGUGAAAAGAUGGAUGAUCUUUUGGGUGCAGCAAAGCAGGCAGAGCAGGACUUCAAAGCUCGUGAAAUCCGCCAACCUCCUAGCAAAGACUCAAAAAAGGCGACCUACGACGAGUUUGAUGGCGUCAUUGAUCCUACUGAUGCGGUUGAUGUACCUCUGCCAUCCCAUGACUAUCCUUUUGCUGUGCAGGCCUCGGCGUUUCACGGUCUUGGAAUAGAGAACUCACUGGGUGCAGCGCUGCUCGCGGAGCGCCUUCCGCCUCCAGGAAGUCCGGGGAUAUCGACACUCGAUACACGGGAGGAUAUAUGGAGAAAAGCUCUGCUGCAGGCUGCUGUUGGUCACUCGCUCAAUAACUCGAUCGCAUCUGCUUCUGUGGUUGCGUCUUCACCAACCCCAACUAAAUCGCGACGACCUCCUCCCCAUCCGGCCUCUCCUCUUGCUUCCAAAGGGAAAAAUCAGAUUCUGGAUCAGAAGAUUCUGAAAAGACCUAUAAUCGAGAGCAAUGACGAGUCCCUCAGUAAAUCUCCUACUUCACCACUUUCAUCGCCCACUCCUCGGCACCUCGGGGUUGCCUGCUUAUCUACUCCUGAUAAUCAACGCCUAUCGAACUGUAUUCCACUUCGAGCUGAGACGCCGAUCCCUCAUACUCCUCUAGCGCCACCUCCUCGCAAGCCCAUCUGCAAUCCGUACUACUCUCGCUCCCAAACUGAUCUUUCCAGCCCUGGUUUGGGCAGCGAGAGUGCUCGUUCGUCCAGGCCUUCAAAAGUUAUUCGCAAGUCCAUAUCUUCACCUUUGCUUUCAGACGCUUAUGGAGCGAAAACAAAUGGCUCGAGAAUCGCCAUGGCCAUGACACCUCCCCCUAUGCCUGCUCUUAACAUCUCACCAUCACCAUCGGAGUAUGUACGAUUGUCUACGGCAAUGCGGGCGUCGAACCGUCUGAGCCAGAUGACUGGUGCAUCUCGAUAUACUGGAAGCGAACAGGAUGAGUUUAUUGUGCUAACUGAUGAACCUCAGCCUAGGCCAUCUAUGACACUUUCGUUACCUACAACCGACGGCCGCCCUUCCAUAUCCGAAUACUCUCAACCUUCUCCCACCGCUUCAGCCUUUCAAGAUCGAUAUUCUGAAGGUUAUUACUCGGUAUCUUCACAGCUACGUAAAAGCAAUGGGCAGGGCUCGCCACAUCGUUCGCGAGAGUCAUCUUUGUCUGCAGGCCAGGCGCCACGCUUUUCUACAAUGUCACCUCCACCUAGACCCUCAUCUUCCGUUGCUAAUAAUAUCAUUCUUUCACCGCCACCACUACCUCGAUCCACCUACUUACCUUACAAACCCUUACCUUCUCGUAUCCCACAGUCUAAUUCACCUGUAUAUUCUUCUCCUGAUACCAGCCGUAGCUCCCCACGCUCUUUUGGAUCUGCAAUUUCUGGUCUAUCUCAGAAUUUGUCACCACUGACCAUCCCACUGGAAAGCUACUCGAGCGGAAUUCAUUCUGCACCCCCUCCUUCAUCUCCUUCCGCCUUUUUCGACCACCUUCAAGGUCAUCUCAAUGCAAUGGACGACCUCGAUUCGUCCGAAGACAGUAGAAGCGAAGAUGGGCAGGACACGGACGUGGAAGCGACCGCGGUGUACAAGCCACCACCACCUUCUCAGCCCUCGCUUACACGUCUAGGUAAUCCCUCCAUGCCAAAUGUCACUCGUACCAUGUCGUCUCCAUAUUCACACAGCAUCGGGCAGUUCAAACCGGUCGGUAAUAUCCCUCAGCGUCCACAGUUCUUCUCGGAUAUGAAGGCUUCUCCGAACUUGGUCACUCCUCUGAUGCUUGCUCGCUAUUCGAAGGAUCACCUGCCGAGCAGUGGAUCGAGCCCCCGCCGUCGACCGGCGACUGCGGAAGACGAGAGCACGCUGCAGAGGAAGAUGAUACAUGAUGAUUCCAUGAAGAAAUUCGACGGCAUGUUAAUCCAACACAUGGAGACAGAGCGCGACACUCUCAAAAGAAUUACUAAAACAGCCAAAGUCUCAAAAUAG